GAUCCGCGGCUGCGGCUGCUGACGCCCCGCGCCCGCCUGCCCGCCGUCAAUGGAGGAGGACGCUGAGACCCGUAAGAUCAGCAGCAGUUUCCUGCGAGACCACAGCUAUGCCACGGAAGCUGACAUCAUCUCCACAGUUGAGUUCAACCACACUGGAGAGUUACUGGCAACAGGGGACAAGGGGGGCCGGGUUGUAAUAUUUCAACGUGAGCAGGAGAGCAAGAACCAGCCCCACCGCCGCGGAGAGUACAAUGUCUACAGCACCUUCCAGAGCCACGAGCCCGAGUUCGAUUACCUGAAGAGCCUGGAGAUCGAGGAGAAGAUCAACAAGAUCCGAUGGCUGCCGCAGCAGAACGCGGCCUACUUCCUGCUCUCCACCAACGACAAGACUGUGAAGCUAUGGAAGGUCAGCGAGCGGGACAAGAGACCGGAGGGAUACAACCUCAAGGAUGAGGAUGGCCGUCUCCGAGACCCCUCCAUGAUCACCGUGCUGCGGGUGCCCGUGCUUCGGCCCAUGGACCUGAUGGUGGAGGCCACUCCCCGGAGGGUGUUUGCCAACGCACACACCUACCACAUCAACUCCAUCUCCGUCAACAGCGACUAUGAGACCUACAUGUCAGCGGACGACCUGAGGAUAAACCUGUGGAAUUUUGAAAUCACAAAUCAAAGUUUUAACAUCGUGGACAUCAAACCAGCCAACAUGGAGGAGCUGACGGAGGUGAUCACGGCGGCCGAGUUCCACCCGCACCACUGCAACGUGUUCGUGUACAGCAGCAGCAAGGGCACCAUCCGCCUGUGCGACAUGCGCACCGCGGCCCUCUGCGACCGCCACGCCAAGUUUUUUGAAGAGCCCGAAGACCCAAGUAACCGGUCAUUUUUUUCUGAGAUCAUCUCCUCAAUCUCUGAUGUCAAAUUCAGCCACAGUGGAAGGUACAUCAUGACCCGGGACUACCUCACUGUCAAGGUGUGGGACUUGAACAUGGAGAACAGGCCCAUUGAGACCUACCAGGUCCACGACUACCUGCGGAGCAAGCUGUGCUCGCUCUACGAGAACGACUGCAUCUUCGACAAGUUUGAGUGCGUCUGGAACGGGUCUGACAGUGUCAUCAUGACUGGCUCCUACAACAACUUCUUCCGCAUGUUCGACCGCAACACCAAGCGCGAUGUGACGCUGGAGGCGUCGCGGGAGAACAGCAAACCCCGUGCCAUCCUCAAACCCCGCAAGGUCUGCGUGGGUGGAAAGCGCAGGAAAGACGAGAUCAGUGUGGACAGUCUGGACUUUAGCAAAAAGAUCCUGCACACAGCUUGGCACCCCUCCGAGAACAUCAUCGCUGUGGCAGCCACAAACAACCUGUACAUAUUUCAGGACAAGGUUAACUAGGAGGACCAGGUCUUCUUUAGGAGUCUCAUGUACUGAUACCAGUAAACACAAGGUUUCAACUGUUCCUUUUCUUUCUUUCCUUCUUUCUUUGUUUUCCUUUCCUUCCUGUUCUCUGUUCAGUUCCUGCUCUGCAGAUGGCGGUUGUGCAGAGGAGCGCUGGGGCGCUCUGGCCCAGGGGCCACUGGGGGCACCCCCAGACACCAGAUUUACACAGGGAGAGCUGAGACUUCCUACAGGGCAGUGUGAGCAUGUCAGGCCUGGCCGUCCCCUGUCCCCAGGCAUGUCCCCAGGCAGUGCUGGGGUGGCAGCAGCCCUCUGUCUGGAGGGGGCUGUCAGCUGGGGAAGGGAUUGAUGGGGUAACACACCGUGGGCUCUGGCCAGCUCUGGUGGCAGUGGUCCCACUCCAAUUGCUUUAAACCUGAUCCCAGAAACAUUCCACCUGUUGUGUGGAAGAUUGGAAUGUUGCCUCCCUUUGCCAUUUUCCACAUUUGUCUUUUUAUUACAAUUACUUUGUGUUUUACCAACAGAGACAGCAAAACCAAACGUAAAAUGGAAAAGUUCAGUUUUGCAAUGGACAAGCUUAAGGGGCAGGGGGUAUGUGCUGCACCUCCAGAUGUGUCUGCUCCAGCUAGGUUGCCCCCCCCAGCCCCAGAACCCUCCUGAGGAUUUGGCUUUGUAGAUACUGUGGUGCCUUCUUUGGUAUAUGAAAUACCUUUAUAAAUGAUGCUUCCGACCUGCAUUGAUCGCAAACCAAACCAACCCUGGGCUCUGCUGCAGUUCUGGGCUUUGCUUUGGUCAUUUUUCUCAUUCUGUUGUGAGCUCUUGCAUGUCGUGACUGACUGUCUCUCUCUCUCUUUCUCUCUCUCUCUUUUUUAAUUAAUUUAUUUAUUUAUUCAAUUUUUUAAAGAUAAAGUAUAAGUUGCUAAUUUAUGACCUAAAAAAAAAUCCAACUGUAUAUUGCUGUUAGCCCCUGACUGUGUCAGAGAGAGGCUGUCUGCAGUCCUACAUUAUAAUAACAAUGAUAAUAAUAAUAAAACCGGUAACUCUU